AGCUGAACGUAUGUUCCUCACAACAGCAUUCAUUGCCUUUACCCGAGUAAGAAAGCUCCAAUAAUAUGGCCUCGAAGAUUCUUCUCUCCUUAGCCCUCUUUGCUGCGGCUUGCUCCUCCAUUGCUCUUGCAUCCGAUCCCAGUCCUCUACAAGAUUUCUGCGUUGCGGAUACAGAAAAUCCUGUGAAGGUGAAUGGAUUUGUUUGCAAGGAUCCCAUGCAAGUUAAUGCAGACGAUUUCUUCGCCAGUGGGCUGCAAACCCCGGCCGAAAUAAAGAAGGAGGUAGGCUCUGGUGUGAAAACAAUCAACGUCGACAACCUACGUGGACUCAACACUCUAGGAAUCUCAAUGGUACGCAUUGACUUCAUCCCCCAAGGCAUCAACCCACCCCAUACGCACCCACGCGCCACAGAGAUCUUGACCCUUCUCGAAGGCACCCUGCUUGUAGGGUUUGUGUCCUCCAACCAAGACGGCAACCGGCUCUUCUCCAAGGUCCUAUACAAAGGGGACGUGUUUGUUUUCCCAGAGGGUAUGGUCCACUUUCAGCAGAACGUUGGGUAUGAGAACGCAGUGGCGAUUGCAGCCCUGAGCAGCCAAAACGCAGGCGUUAUCACUAUUGGAGAUACUGUGUUUGGAUCCGAACCAGCCAUCCCAAUUGAUAUUUUGGCAAAGGCAUUCCGGACUCAUGCGCACAUCAUUGCUGCCAUUCAAGCCAAGUUCUGAACUCAAUUCCACAGACUUUAGUUUUUAAUAAAUCUAAUUUAUGUUGUGUGUGUGGACAAUGCUUUUGGGAUUUUGGUGUGUUUCAUUUGUAUUUGGGUAUUCACUAUCUUGGUUUACUCUCCACUAAGAAUUAUUAAAUAAAACGGCCACGUUUCAAAUA